GAAUUCUCCUUCUCUCCAGAAAAGCUCUGUGUGUUGGAUCAGUACCGUUGAGGAUAGCUUCUGAUCGGCACCCUCGGGGCAGGGCCCUGCCGCAGCGCUGUCCAAACAGCUACAAUGGAUCUCAAAGAGAGCUGCCCGAGUGUCAGCAUUCCCAGCUCCGAUGAGCACCGAGAGAAGAAGAAAAGGUUCACUGUUUACAAAGUGCUGGUCUCGGUGGGCAGGAGCGAGUGGUUCGUCUUCAGGCGCUAUGCAGAGUUUGAUAAACUCUACAACACGCUAAAGAAGCAAUUUCCCACCAUGAACCUGAAGAUUCCAGCUAAAAGAAUAUUUGGAGAUAAUUUUGAUCCUGAUUUUAUCAAACAGAGAAGAGCAGGACUGAAUGAAUUCAUUCAGAAUUUAGUUAGACAGCCAGAGCUAUGCAACCACCCAGAUGUCAGAGCCUUCCUUCAGAUGGAUAACCCCAAACACCAGUCGGAUCCAUCCGAGGAUGAAGAUGAAAGGAGUGGUCGGAAGUUAAACUCUACCUCACAGAAUAUCAACUUGGGACCAUCUGGAAAUCCUCAUGCUAAACCAACAGACUUUGAUUUCCUGAAGGUGAUUGGGAAGGGCAGCUUUGGCAAGGUUCUUCUUGCAAAACGGAAACUGGAUGGGAAAUACUACGCUGUCAAAGUGCUGCAGAAGAAGGUUGUUCUUAACAGGAAAGAGCAAAAGCACAUCAUGGCUGAGCGCAAUGUGCUGCUGAAGAAUGUGAAACACCCCUUUUUGGUUGGCUUACAUUACUCCUUCCAAACCACAGAGAAGCUUUACUUUGUCCUGGAUUUUGUUAAUGGGGGAGAGCUGUUCUUUCACUUGCAAAGAGAACGUUCCUUUCCUGAGCACAGAGCCAGAUUUUAUGCUGCUGAAAUAGCCAGUGCACUGGGCUACCUACACUCCAUAAACAUUGUCUACAGGGAUCUAAAACCAGAGAACAUCCUCCUAGACUCACUAGGUCACGUUGUGCUGACAGACUUUGGCCUCUGCAAAGAAGGGAUUGCAAGUUCUGACACCACUGCAACUUUCUGUGGGACACCAGAAUAUCUUGCACCAGAAGUCAUUAAAAAGCAGCCCUAUGACAACACAGUAGACUGGUGGUGCCUGGGUGCAGUUCUUUAUGAAAUGCUUUAUGGGCUGCCCCCUUUCUACUGCCGGGAUGUGGCUGAGAUGUAUGAGAACAUCCUCCACAAGCCCCUCGUGCUGCGGCCGGGGAUCAGCCUCACAGCCUGGGCCAUCCUGGAGGAGCUGCUGGAGAAGGAUCGGCAGAGCAGGCUCGGAGCAAGGGAAGACUUUCUUGAAAUCCAGAAGCACCCAUUCUUUGAAUCCCUCAGCUGGACUGACCUCCUUCAGAAGAAGAUUCCACCACCAUUUAAUCCCAACGUGGUUGGACCAGAUGAUAUUGGGAAUUUCGAUGCGGUGUUUACAGAGGAAAUGGUCCCGUACUCGGUCUGCGUCUCUUCCGAUUACAGCAUCGUCAACGCCAGUGUCCUGGAGGCUGAUGAUGCCUUUGUUGGAUUCUCCUAUGCCCCACCUUCUGAGGACAUGUUUUCUUAGGAGCUGAGAAGGCAACAGUGUCUGGGAAGUCUUGAGGUGAACCGAACCUUUAGGGUUGUGGACACAUUCCAAACUAGCAUAACUAGUGCCUCGUUUUGUAUGUAGGUUUGAAACCUAUGAGCAAACCUGCUCUGCUGUAUAGGAGGAACUUGGGCAUUCUGGAUGGCUUCCUGUUUGUUCCUGCUGCAGAAAGUAUUUUUUAAAUCCUUGGAAAAGCAUUCUCUCUGUAUUUUUUAAGCAAAAACACUGACUGUUCUCCUCAGUCCCUUCAAGUUUACAUUCCUACCUGCCUGAGAUCCGGCUGGCACCAACAGCAGCAAAUUUAGUAACCUUAAACACGCUUUUGUACCUAUUUACAGUGACUUUGUGCUUGAAUUGUAACUAUGCAAAUUGUCUUUUGUAUAUCCUGGUUUAGAAAAGGUCAGUGUUCUUCCCUGU